UGGCGUGCGGCAAUCCGGAAGCUGCAGGGAGGCGCCCGGAAGUGGGCGGUGGCGAGCAUGGCAAUGGCGGAGAAGUUCGACUCGCUGGAGGAGCACCUGGAGAAGUUCGUGGAGAACAUCCGUCAGCUCGGCAUCAUCGUCAGCGACUUCCAGCCCAGCAGCCAGGCUGGCCUCAACCAGAAACUGAAUUUUAUGGUGACGGGCUUGCAGGAUAUCGACAAGUGCCGGCAGCAGCUUCACGACAUCAGCGUGCCCCUGGAAGUUUUUGAAUACAUAGAUCAAGGCCGUAAUCCUCAGCUUUACACUAAAGAGUGUCUGGAGCGAGCUUUGGCUAAGAAUGAACAAGUAAAAGGAAAAAUUGACACAAUGAAGAAAUUUAAAAGUCUACUAAUUCAAGAGUUAACCAAGGUGUUCCCCGAAGACAUGGCAAAGUACAAAGCUAUUCGAGGUGAAGAUCCUCCUCCUUAAGUUGGCCUUCAGUAGCUCUAAAAACGUCAGUUCCAUAAAUUGACUCUUACCUCUCUCUAUAAAAGCAUUGUUUGCAGGGAGGGGGAAAACAGGCCUUCAAAACAACUGUACUAAAAGGUAUGGCAGUGAUAGACUGGAAAGGAACUUGAUGAUCACUGGUAGUUCUGCUUCUGAAGUUACUGAAUUUUUCUGAAGACUUGUGCUUAAAGAUUACAGUUGAAACUUCCUAUGAUACCUGCAGGCAAUUAUACUGUAUUUUCCACAAAGUGCAUUUCCAGACCAGAAAAACAUAAUUUUUUGUUUUCAAUAAGUAUGCUCCAGGACUGUGGAUUGGUCUGUUUUUGGGAGAAAUGUAUUUAUUAUUCCUGAUUAUUUUUCAUUUGUAAACUGCUUUUUUUAUUGCAGUAAAAAAAGCCUGCUUUCGUCUUGCAAAAUUCUACUGAAAUGGAGCCCAUCAAGCGGACUGCAGUUUUCGUAUGUCUUAAUGAAUUGCAGCCCGGAAGACAUUUUUGUUUUGUUCUGUGAGCUGCUGGCUGAGGAUAUAGAAAGUGCGCGUAUUCAGGGAUUGGCUCCUAAACAGUGUUUAUUUUGUGUAAUAUUAUUUCAUGUAGACACCUUUAAUUCUCUUAAUUUUCUGUAAGCAACUUGUACAAUAAAAACAUGAAAAAAAGGAAA